AUGGAUUCAUCGGUAGAGGAAACUGAACUUGAUGUCGGAUGCGCGAGUGAUGAGUUAGAGACUCUUGAAUCCAAAAUGCGAUCGAUUCCGAAACCCUUUACAAUCGAGAGUUUGAUUGGAAACAGAGGUCAAGGAAUAGGAGCCAACAGGGAUAUUUUAAAAAAUAAUGAAAGGAAUCGCGGAAACGGACACGAUUUCCUUUAUCAACAGCACUGUCUGGCGACGGCAACUUCUUCUUUGCCAGGAUUUGCUGUUCCUCUGAGCUUAUACAGCGCGUGGUUACCAAUGAGAGUGUAUGGUGGGAAUGCCUCAAGUGGCCCCGUUUUGCCCCCUCAAUUAUCCGCAACUUAUCCCUCGCAACAGAACCAUCAGAGUCAAUUCUCACAUCACCUGAAUUUCGGUCUAAACCACCUUCAAGGUGCUGCCUAUCCAGGACAUCGUGCAAGUCAACAGAGUACAAAUUUGACUGACAGUGAAGAUGAGAGGAGUUUAUCACCUGCAUCACCAAUUCAUGAUCUUUCAAAAUCACAGCAAGGUGGGUCCGAAAGCGGACGAGUUUCAGCCGAGAGUGAGGACGAAAGUGUCCUAAAUGAGGCAGGAAGUAUCGGACAAGGUUCAUCCGCAACAAGUGCUGCCGGAAGUUCCAGCAAAGCGCGUCGCCGAAGAACAGCUUUUACUUCCGAACAACUCCUCGAACUCGAACGCGAGUUCCACGCAAAAAAAUACCUAAGUCUUACCGAGCGUUCUCACAUCGCGCAUGCGCUCAAGCUCUCCGAAGUUCAGGUGAAAAUUUGGUUCCAAAACCGUCGAGCCAAAUGGAAGAGGGUUAAGGCUGGACUCACAAGUGGGGGUGCUGGCCCCACCAAUCGGCAUAGUUCAGGAGGACAGCACUCGAGCUCUGGUUCGAGAAUUGUCGUUCCGAUUCCGGUACAUGUAAGUCGUCUCGCUGUGAGAGCUCAUCAUCAUCAUUUAGAAAAGUGUCCUCAGUCGCAGUCAAGGUCACCUAAUGGCAAUGGAAGUCUCACCAACUCUUCAGGACUUGGUGGAAGUGUCGGAAAUGGCUUGUCAGUCAGGAUUCCCAGUUCACCAAUUACGACCGGUUCACCAUUGAAUCUUGGGUCGAACAUACUCAGAGCUUUUUCUGCGCCGCAGCAUACUAGUUCUUCAAGGUAG